CUUUGGUGCUCGAGUAGCUUUUCGGCGGAAUGGAGCUGGGAGCCAGGCCUGUCCUUAUCGCCGUAGUCCUGCUCCUCGGCCCCGGCCCCGGCAGCGGGAGCUUGGCCGGUGGCUAUGGCCCUGGCGCCGCUAUUCUUGAGGGAGUCUAUGAUGAUGGCGUCUCGGGCCAAUCGCUGCCCAGUUCCAGCACGCCGGACUGUGCCUACCCUAGCGGUUGGCCUUCGUGCAAUUGACAUGGAAAGCACAGUCACGUUGGGA